AUGACAAUAACAUUUUUAUUUGCAGCAUUGUUUUUAUUGGAUUUCUUCACUUGCUUUCAUGCUUAUCUACAAUAUCCCUUGCCUGACACAGAGGACGCAAAGUUCAUUAGAGACUGUGUGAGAGCUCACAACGCAUUUCAAUCGAAAGUGAAUCCAGCAGCCAGCAAUAUGUUUCACAUGAUGAGAUGUCUUCUCCCUUUUCUACAGUCCUGGGAUGCUGCUUUAGCUAAGACUGCCAAAGCAUGGGCAAAGAAGUGCAAGUUUAAACACAAUACCAACUUUGAAAUGCCAGGGAAGAUUGACCCCUUCCCACUUGUUGGAGAAAACAUCUGGACUGGCAUAACCACCACCUUCUCUGUGGGUACAGCUCUCAGUGACUGGUUUAACGAAGUUAGCAGCUAUGAUUUCAGCACCAAUAGCUGUACUGGCGUACGUGGUCACCACACUCAGGUCGUUUGGGCAGAGAGUUACAAAGUUGGCUGCGCAGUUCACUUCUGCAAUACAGUUGAACAUUUUUCACAAGUGUCUGAAGCAGCACACUUCAUUUGUAAUUAUGGGCCAGCGGAGAAUUACCCAAGAAAACCAUACAACGCAGGACAACCAUGCAGCGGAUGUGGUAAUGAGAAGUGUGUAGACAAGCUCUGUGAAAAUACAGACCAGGAGAAGCUGAUAGAUUAUGCCAACUGGUAUCUAGACUGGGAUACACAGCCCCAGCUCCAGCCACUGCGGCCCUGCAUCCCCAGUCCUCCUGUGCCAAAAUACUUUCCACCUGCGGAGCAUCCAUGUUCCUCUUGUGACCAAUUCUGUCUUAGUGUUUUAAUUUUAAGGCCACUGUUUCUGGUACUGAGUGCUAGUGCUGCUCUUUUAGUACAACAGCGAUUUCCACACACAUUUUUUUUUGUUAGUAAUAGUCAAUUAAGAUACUGAUAGCGAUCCUACCACUGUAUUACU